UCCCCAGCCCUCUCUCCCUCCAUCCUGCACGGCCGGGAACCGAGGAACCGCCGCCUCCCCCCAGCAACAGCAGCGCACAGACUCUACAGCGAAUUACUGCCCCGCUUCUCCGUGCCGUGAGCGGGCUGACUGAGCGGCGGCCGGGGGAGCGGACAUGCUGCGCACCCGGGCUGUCUGAUCGGCUACCCGGCUUAUGCAGGCGAGAGAGCGGCCGGGAGCAGCACCGCCCCGGCUCCUGGAGGUGGAGGGAGGGAGAGAGUGCAUGGAGCGGACUGGCUGACUCCCCCAGGCCGCUCGCCUGUCUCUAGCUCCCUCUCUCUCUCUAUACACAGGUAUAUAUUUAGCUGUCUCUGCCCAGUGAUCCCGUUGGCUGUGCUGGAUGUGACUGGCUGGGCUCGGAUGGGCGUCUAACGGCCGCCGGAGAGACAGGAGAGGCGCAGGAGGAGACGGACGCUUGAAUGGCAUCUAUAACCUUUCUGAUGUCUGACGCUUGCCUGGAGAGGAUAAAACCGACUUGUUUGCGUGUGACCAGAGAAGUUUUGUGGUUUGCGGCUGGACUCUCCCCUCCAUUCCCUGGAUAUGAGACUUGAAAGAAGACGAUGCAUACAGGAGGAGAGACUUCAGCAUGCAAACCGUCGUCUGUCCGGCUUGCACCAUCAUUUUCAUUCCAUGCUGCCGGCCUUCAGAUGGCUGGACAAAUGUCCCAUUCGCAUCAGCAGUACAGUGAGCGCCGUCAGCAGAACCUAAAUGACCCUCAAGUAUCUGCCUUGCCUUACAAUGACCAGAAUCAGCAGCCCUCGGCUAACCAGCGGCGGAUGCCCCAAACCUUUCGUGAUCCAACCGCAGCACCGUUAAGGAAACUGUCAAUUGACUUGAUUAAAACGUACAAACACAUUAAUGAGGUCUACUAUGCAAAAAAGAAGCGCCGGCAUCAGCAAGGCCAGGGAGAGGAUUCCAGUCAUAAGAAGGAGAGGAAGGUUUACAAUGAUGGCUACGAUGACGACAACUAUGACUACAUUGUAAAAAAUGGGGAGAAGUGGAUGGAUCGAUAUGAAAUCGACUCUCUUAUUGGGAAAGGCUCCUUUGGGCAGGUGGUAAAGGCGUAUGAUCGCGUGGAACAGGAGUGGGUGGCAAUCAAAAUUAUAAAGAACAAAAAAGCGUUCCUAAAUCAAGCCCAAAUCGAAGUGAGACUUCUUGAGCUCAUGAACAAACAUGACACGGAGAUGAAGUACUAUAUUGUGCAUUUAAAACGCCAUUUUAUGUUCCGAAACCACCUCUGCUUAGUGUUUGAAAUGCUCUCCUACAACCUCUAUGACCUGUUGCGGAACACCAACUUCCGUGGUGUUUCCCUUAACCUGACACGGAAGUUUGCGCAGCAGAUGUGCACCGCACUACUAUUCCUGGCUACUCCAGAACUUAGUAUCAUUCACUGUGACCUAAAGCCCGAGAAUAUCUUGCUUUGUAAUCCUAAACGAAGCGCUAUCAAGAUUGUCGAUUUUGGAAGUUCGUGCCAGCUGGGCCAGAGGAUAUACCAGUAUAUUCAGUCUCGCUUCUAUCGCUCUCCCGAGGUAUUGCUGGGAAUGCCUUAUGACCUUGCAAUUGACAUGUGGUCACUUGGGUGCAUUUUAGUUGAAAUGCACACUGGAGAGCCACUCUUCAGUGGAGCCAAUGAGGUUGAUCAGAUGAAUAAAAUUGUCGAAGUUUUGGGAAUACCCACUGCUCACAUCCUUGACCAAGCACCAAAAGCAAGAAAGUUCUUUGAGAAGCUGCCAGACGGCACUUGGAACUUAAAGAAGACCAAAGACGGGAAAAAGGAAUAUAAACCAGCAGGAACCCGAAAACUUCACAUUAUACUUGGGGUAGAGACUGGAGGACCAGGCGGGCGUCGCGCUGGGGAAUCGGGUCACACUGUAGCGGACUAUUUGAAGUUUAAAGACCUUAUUUUAAGGAUGCUAGAUUAUGAUGCCAAGACCCGUAUCCAACCAUAUUACGCCCUGCAACAUAGUUUCUUUAAGAAAACUGCCGACGAAGGUACAAACACAAGUAACAGUGUAUCUACCAGUCCAGCAAUGGAGCAGUCCCAGUCGUCAGGAACCACCUCGAGCACGUCGUCUAGCUCAGGCGGCUCUUCUGGGACUAGCAACAGUGGGAGAGCGAGGUCUGACCCAACACAUCAACAUAGGCAUAGUAGUGGCCAUUUUACCGCUGCCGUUCAAGCUAUGGACUGCGAAGCACACAGUCCUCAGAUUCGACAGCCGUUUCCUCCACCUGUUGGUUGGACAGUCACUGAAGCCCCAACCCAAGUCACUAUCGAAACACGCCCUGUUCAAGAAACUACAUUUCAUGUGCCCCAUUCACAGCAAAAUGUAUCACACCACCAUGGGAAUAGCGCCCAUCACCACCACCACCAUCAUCACCAUCACCAUCAUGGACAAAUCCUGGGCCACCGGACGAGGUCCAGGGUCUACAACUCUCCUUCAAAUAGCUCCUCUACCCAGGAUUCUAUGGAGAUUGGCCAUAGCCACCACUCCAUGACAUCCUUGUCUUCCUCAGCUACUUCUUCCUCAACAUCUUCCUCCUCUACCGGCAACCAAGGCAAUCAGGCCUAUCAGAACCGCCCUGUGGCCGCCAACACCUUGGACUUUGGACAGAACGGAACUAUGGGUGUUAAUUUAACAGUCUUUUCGAAUCCUCGCCAAGAGACUGGCAUUACUGGACAUCCAACAUACCAGUAUUCUGCAAAUACGGGCGCUGGCCACUAUGUAAAUGAAGGACAUCUGACUAUGAGGCAAGGAAUAGAUAGAGAAGAGUCUCCCAUGACUGGAGUUUGUGUUCAGCAAAGUCCUGUGGCUAGCUCGUGACUAAAUUCAAUUUAGAUUUGUUUCUUGUGGGUUUAUUUUUUUUUAUUUUCUGUUUUUGUUUUUCAUAUUUUUUUUUUCUUUUUCCCAGUAACUUGUAUUAUUUAUGUUUUUUAUUGUUUCUUUUUCUUUUGUUGGGUUGGGUUUUUGUGUGCUAGAAUUGGAUUUCUUUCCCUCUUUUUUUUUUUUUCCCCCUAAAAAAACAAAGUGCAAAAAGCUGCUUUAACCAGAAGGAGAUAAACACCCUUUACCGCUACAACAGGGAAAAGCUGACUAUUUUUUUAAACUUGAAACGAUUGCAAAGGGACAAUGAAGUCAAACUUUUUAUUUUUGUUUUGUUUGUGGGUUUUUUUUUUUUAGUUUUUUUUUAAAGCUUUGUCCAAACCCUCCAUCUUGGAUGGCUCAGAGUUAUCACCUCUCCUUUUGCUUCCCCCCCUUUUAACUGUACACUCGCAAUUAUUUUAUGAAAUUAUAUAUGUAUUUGUAUAUACAUAUAUAUUUAUAUAUUUUAACCAUGGUAAGUAAUACUUAACGUAGUCGGUUGCCAACACGAUAAAAGCAACAUUAUCAAAUAAAAAAAUGAACCCAGCCCUUUUUGGGGCUUAUAUGUCUGCUGAAACAUGGGCACAGACAAUGCAGUACUAUAAAGGAGCAAGGGAAGUAUGAACCUUAGAAACCUUAAUCCAUAGAUAACUAAGCGAAAGGGACGGUCGUGUGUAACGCGGCCACAUUGGUAAGUGUCGGUCUUCAAAAUCUCCUAGUCUGCGCUGUAGCAGCAAGGCGAGAUUUUGGGGUCAUACCACUUAAACGAUCGGUCAGCUCGUCCCGUUUUUAAGAUGCACUGGAAAGCAAUCAGAUGGUCAGUGGUUGCCUGCCUUGAGGAGGUCCGAGCGGUGGUCUGUGGGGGAGAUAGCCUUUGGCCUUAUGGAAUCGGACUCUGAAUUAUAGAAGAGCCUGCCGUUUCAGAUGCAAUCACUUUUCAACAUGGUUUUGCAGAUAGUUUUUAAUGCUGAAAACACAGACUGGGGAAAUUCAAGAGGCCUUUCUUUUAAAAUAGACAUUUCUGACCCACUAAUUGUAGAAUUUGGCAAGGUCACUUGCUUGUGUCAUAAAGCUAACUUCCUUAAUAGAGGGAAGUCACGGAAGUAGAGGUUUGCAUUUCAUGAAAAUAGCUGCGCCUGUGUCCUUCCUGCUUCCCUAUAAUUAUAUAUAUAUAUAUAUAUAUAUAUAUAUAUAUAUAUAUAUAUAUAAUUUACAUUUUUUUAUGUUUUUCAGCAUGUGGUAUCUCCACAAAUACUUCUGCACAAAGAUGUCUUCUGUUCAUCUUGAACUUUUUUAAAAAUGCAGAAUUUUACGUGAUCGCUUAUUUUUGCCUCACAAUUAUGCUGUGAAUUUUACAAAAAAAAAAAGAAAUAUAAAAUAUUUUCCUUUUUUGAUAAUUUAUUGUACCAAAGCUGUUUUUAUAGCACAUAGAUGUCUGUAACCAAUAAUGUAGCAGUUCUGCACUUUGGCACAUGGUGUAACUAGACGAUUUUUAAAUGUCAUUUAAAAAAUUAUGGCUGUAUUAUUGCUUAAACAAAACUGGGACUGUUGCUGAACUUAACGAGAACAUUUACAGGCCUGCUGUAUUUGAAAGUAUGACAUCAUAUUACCGUCACCUAAAUAGCAUUUAGCAUUUUGUGUGUAAUCGGGCUUCGAGCUGCAGAUGCAAUUUAGCCGUUCUUAUCUGAUCCUCCGGUUGUUAUAUAUUCCUAAACAAA